AUUUUUAACAACAAGACAAGAGAUGCAGACGUAAGAUAACAGCAUAUGAUCCUGUUAUCACCCAUUGCAAAAACAUGAACAAUAACAGGUGACUGACAGUUGGAACGACUGAUAAAUAACUUGUUAUUUUGUUAUUUUACGACAGUAGCAGCAUUGGUCGACACUACACCAUAAAUCUGACUUCCUCAAUCCUUCUGGGAAGAUUGGAAACUACCGGAGCUGACAGCUGAUCUCCCUCCGGCUCCUCUCUUGUACUUUCCAGCCAGGCAACAUGGCGAGCAACCUCGUCUCCAAGUUAUUUCGUCCCCCUGUGCUCAAACAGCUGACGUCUCUCCGGUCGGGUUGCAUGCCUCGGAGAGCGGCGGUGUCCGCGGGGAGCAGCAGACAUUUCUCCAGCGAUCCGCCACCGGAGAACAUCAGUCGCUAUCCAGUCCCGAACAAGAAAGACCUCCCGUAUGAUAUCGUGGAGCUUAUGGAGGAAGUUGAGUCAAAGGGAGGCUUUUUGCCCAAUGUCUUCAAAGUCCUCUCUCACAGACCGGCAGAGUUCAGAGCCUUCUUUGCUUACUACAAUGAACUCAUGAACAAGGAGACAGGCGGAUUGACCAAGGCAGAUCGUGAGCUCAUUGUUGUGGCUACCAGUAUCCACAACAAGUGUCUUUACUGUGUGGUAUCCCACAGUGCACUGCACCGCAUCUACUCUAAGAAACCCACUCUAUCUGAUCAGGUGGUUGUUAACUAUGAGAAUGCAGAGCUGUCACCUCGGGAGCGUACCAUGCUAGACUUUGCGAUGGCUGUGUGUCGCAGCGACACCAUCACAGAGCAGCACUUCCAGUCUUUGGAGGAAGUGGGGUUUGACCGUGAGGAUGCGUGGGACAUCGCUGCCAUCGCUGCUUUCUUUGCCAUGUCCAACCGGCUCGCCCACCUCACCGACAUGAGGCCUAACUUGGAAUUUUAUAACAUGGGGCGCAUACCACGGGACAAGAGUAAGGACAAAAGGCAAGGGGAAAAGGAGUAGCGUCACUGACAAGAUUAUCACAUGUCAAGGUGUUUUUUAUUUCUGUCUCCCUCUUGUGAACAAUCAGCUGUUUUCUAAUUUAUGUUUAAAUGAGGAGCAGAUUGGCAGGUAUGCCACUUGAACGCAAUUACAUUUGCAAGUUACACUGGAAUUAGUCAGUUUGUCAUGAGACCAUGAUUUAGGUUCAACAGUUACUUGACUGAGCCUGGGUGGGUUUGAAUAAAAGCUAGAGACUAACACAGGAAGGAAGCAAAAUAACUGACCUUGGUGAUAUUUUAUUUCAUGCUUAAAAUCAAUCACAAGUUGCCUAGUGUAUCCAAAGUUUUGGCCUGCUCUCCGGAUUGAAUAUAGGAUGUAAACAUUGAGGAUUUUGUAAAGUUUACCAAGUCUAAGGGGUGUAAUGAUUUAAAUUCUAAAUAAAAAAAUCUUUGAAAUUUUCUUUCAGUUUCAAUCAUCGAAAUUAAAGGCAGGAUCAGCUAUCAAAGAAAUGUAACCAUAUGGCCUUAAAAUAAAAAAAAAAUAAAAUAUGGUGGUGAUGUCACACUUAAUACCAUGUCACCUGUCUUUUUAAAGAGGAAUUUGAAAAUGUAAACGUCAGUUGUCUGGGCAUAAAUACAAUAAUCCGUCACUUUAUGACUCAAGACUCAUUAGUCUAACAAUAGCAUAGCUGUCAGUACUGAAACAAAUAUCUUUAAAUCGAAAAGUGAAUGGAUCAUGACCUUAAAAUUGAAAGUCUAAUAAUGACACAACUACCACUUCCAAAAGUGCCUUUAAAAAAUUGUGCUUAUUUAGAUGACGGAGAAGCAUUAGAGAGGUCAUCUGAGUUGUGUACCUUCCUGUGUGUGUCGAUGAGGUAUAAUUUGUCACUGUGUGUAACUGUUGUCUUUAUAUCUGCUUAUUUAUCACAACAUUUAGAAUAUUUGGUGGCUCUGGUUGUGCACUGGACACUAUAUGCCAUGCGCUAUGUGGUGGGGAUUGUUUUUUUGCAGCUAAGUGCAAUUGCAAUACAAUUACACGGUUGUCUUUUAUAUUCUGUGUCUGUGUCUUAAAAUUUGUCACAUGAAACUCAAAAUCUGAAGCCAGCUCUUUAUUUCCUUGUUCACCAGAUGAAUGUGCUCUUUGUUAUGAUGUGUUAUGCUCAAUGCAUUGUUACCCUGACUACGAGGAAGAGUGUAAAUAAAUUGCUAGCAUUGUUUCACAGCAGUGUAAGCUUGCCUUUCUAAACCUUCCCUUUAUCUAAAUAAACUAUUUUUCUUG